AUGGCAGGUCAAAUCAUGUUGACUGUCCUGCUUUUAGGGAUGAUAAGUACGGUAACUACUCAGCAUUCAGGACCGCUCUACCCAAUUAAUGGAAUAACCAGCUCUCGAUCAGAUGAUGGAAGUUCUCCUGCAAUUGCCCUGCAACGAUCUUUUCGUUAUUUUGGACACUUGUAUAAUCAGAUUUAUGUGAACCACAACGGACACCUGACCUUUAACGCAUCAUGGUCUUCUUACGUACCUCAUAGGUUCCCAGCGCAUGGAUCCAGAGACAUCAUAGCACCAUUCUGGACAGAUUUAGACAACAGAGGAAAUGGUCAAAUUUACUACAACCAAUACACCAGUGGUGCAAUUCUCCAACAAGCUACACAAGACAUUAAUAGGUAUUUCCCAGGGUUGAACUUCCAUGCCAACUGGGUCUUUGUUGCGACAUGGUAUGAGGUGGCGUACUAUCCAAGAACUGGAACACAAACAACUGUCCAAGCAGUCUUGAUCUCUGGUGGCCGUUAUUCAUUUGUGCUGAUGAACUAUGGGAUAAUAGCCUCAACCAGUCGCCGUGUGCAGGCUGGAUAUGACACAGUAAACUCCAUCCACCAUUUUACCAUCCCUGGAUCAUUCUCUAACAAUGCAACAGGAAGUGACUCCAUCAUCCGUCUAGGCAGCAACGUCAAUGUACAGGGUCGCUGGGCCUUCCGAACAGACAGUGGAUCGAGAGGCUGCACAUUUAAUGGUGAACCUGUACAGCUGGGAGACUCAUUCUGGAGUGACAGUACCUGUGCACAGAGAUGCACCUGCACCUCAACAGGACUGCAGUGCCACAACCAACCCUGCUCCUUUUCCCAAAUAUGCCGUCGCGACGCCUUCCAGUUUUCCUGUCAGACAGUGCAGAGGGGCACCUGCACCAUUAGUGGUGAUCCACACUACUAUACAUUUGAUAACACAGUGUUUCACUUCCAGGGCACCUGCACUUACAUUCUCUCUGAACAAUGUGGUCGUGGGCUGCCCUACUAUAGAGUAGAGGGCAAGAAUGAGCAUCGGGGCAGCACUCGAGUUUCUUGGACUCGACUGGUCAAAGUGUUUAUCUAUAAUGAAACUAUUGAGCUGGUCAAAGGACGUCGUGGUGAGGCUAAGGUUAAUGGAAACUUUGCAGCCACUCCAUUCUACCUCAACAACGGCACUGUCCAAGUUUAUGAGUCAGGUUUUUCUGUGAUUGUCAGUACUGAUUUUGGCUUAGUGGUGUCCUAUGACAUCAACCAUUAUGUUAGAAUCAGUGUGCCCUAUACUUACCAGAAUGCAACAUGUGGCCUGUGUGGAGACUUUAACAAUCACCCUGGGGAUGACUUUCGAACCCGCCAAGGUGAGGUUGUGAGCUCUGACGUGGCUUUUGCCAACAGUUGGCAAGCAUCAGGAGACGAUGAGUCUGGUUGUGAGGCGCAAUGUGCAGGUCUUGAUUGUGCUCCCUGCACUGAGGCUCAGAAAACUUUAUACAGAAAUACUGCUCAUUGUGGUAUCCUUGAGAGCAGUUCUGGACCCUUUGCUGCUUGCCAUCAACAGCUUCCCCCACAGACCUUUGUGCAGAGUUGUGUUUACGAUCUGUGUAUAGGAGGAGGUUACCAGCCUAUUCUGUGCCAAGCACUAAAUGUGUAUGCAAGUCAGUGCCAACUGAAUGGUAUACAGCUCCCAAGCUGGAGGAGACAAGACUUCUGUGAAAUCUCCUGCCCAUCCAACAGUCACUUUGAAUCCCAAGGCACGGGAUGUCCUGCUACCUGUGUCAAUCUCAAUUCUACCCACAACUGUCCUCUCCCUGCCCAGGAGAGCUGCAUCUGUGACUCAGGCUACGUCCUCAGUGGUGGGGUCUGUGUCCCUCAAGCUGAAUGUGGCUGUAGCUUUGAGGGUCGCUACUACCGCUCUGGAGAAACUGUUAUACUAGAUCAGGACUGUGGGAGACGUUGCAACUGCAGUCAUGGCUUCAUGACCUGCAACUCAUAUGAUUGUGGCCCACUUGAAUCAUGCAGUGUGGAGGAGGGAGAAAGAGGAUGCAGACCUAAGAGCUAUGGAACAUGCUGGAUAAGGGGCCCAGGUUCAUAUCAUACAUUUGAUGGUCUGACAUACCAGUAUCCUGGGGCAUGUCGAUUGACACUUGCUAGAGUGAUGGGAUGGUCUAAUCAUCCCCAUUUUGUAGUAACAGCAGAAAAAGUGCCCAGAGGCCAGCAGGGCUUUGCCAGGGUGCUGAAAUUUGAGGCAGAGGGCACACAUGUGUCCAUUGAGAUGGCAACAAGUAGCAGAGUUCAGGUUGAUGGUCAGAUUAUCAGACUACCAUUCAGCUCAGCAUCCAACAGAAUCCGCAUCUACCACAGCAGCAUUGGCAGUGUCAUCCUUCGCACCUCCUUUGGUGUAACUGUGCAGACAGUCUGGCCUCACUUUGUGCGAGUCACUGCACCUGGAAUCUACAAUGGUUCACUUGGUGGACUCUGUGGUGAUUACAAUGGUCACCCACAGGAUGACUUCCGCACACCCAAUGGCAUCUUGGUCAACAGCUCUCAGGUCUUUGGGGACAGUUGGCGAGAUGGCUCCCUCGCUGCACAUUGCGUGGAAAGUGUAAAUCGUAUCUCUACAACAAAUUACAACUCCAGUGAGUACUGUGGCAUUCUUGUCUCACUGCAUGGGCCAUUUGCCCAAUGCCGGGCCACAGUAGACCCAUGGCAGCAUGUGGAAGCAUGUGGGGAAAUCUCCAGGGCCUCUAGAGAUCCAGUAACAUUGCAAUGUGAGGUUCUACGUGAUUAUGCCCUAAGGUGCCAGCAGAACGGCAUUGCCCUAGGACACUGGAGGAAUGCAUCUGGGUGUGAGCAAACCUGCCCACUAAACAGCCAUUAUGAACUCUGUGGAACAACUUGUCCCUCUGCCUGUCCCAGCCUUUCCUUCCCCUUCUCCUGUGACACUGUGUGCCAGGAGGGUUGUCAGUGUGAUGAUGGUUUUGUCCUCAAUGGUAACCAGUGCGUUCGACCAACAAACUGUGGAUGCCAUCACCAAGGGCGCUAUCGGGAAGGUGGUGAACAGUUCUGGGAUGGUGAGGAAUGUCAGAGUUUGUGUAAGUGUAAUGGCACAACUGGAGCAGUCCACUGUAUCCCAAACACCUGUGGUCCUCAGGAGUCCUGCCGUGUGGUGGAGGGUGAGUUUGGCUGCCAUCCAAACCCUCAUGGCACCUGCUCUGCAUCUGGGGACCCCCACUAUCUCACGUUUGAUGGCAAGGCCUAUGACUUCCAGGGAACCUGCCGCUAUGUUCUGGCAACCUUGUGCAACACCACUGAUGGGCUCCGACAAUUUUCUGUGGAAGCUAAGAAUGAGCCGUGGAAUGGGUUGCCAGUUUCAAUCACAGCUGAGGUUUAUGUGAAUGUGUGGGGCUAUCGAGUGCAUAUUUCCAGGGAGAGAAAUGGUGUGGUACAAGUGAAUGGAGUGACAAGAAAUGUACCUAUUCUCUUGAACGGAGGUCAGGUGUCUAUCUAUGCAAGUGGACCUCGUGUAUUUGUCAGUGCUGACUUUGGCUUGAGUGUCACAUAUGAUGGAUACAGUACGGUGUUAAUCUCUGUACCUUCAAAUUACAGUGGAAAAACUUGUGGACUUUGUGGGAACUUCAACGGAAAUCCAAAUGAUGACUUCCACACCCCGUCUGGAAUGAUGGUCACUGCUCCAUCUCAGUUUGGGACAUCCUGGAAAGUGGCGGGCAACUACACCUGCAGUGAUGGGUGUGGCUCCUCCUGUCCACAGUGUACCAAUGAUCUUCCUGCUAGAGCUCAGUGUGAGGUGAUUCAGGCAACCAACGGUCCCUUAAGCUUCUGCCAUGAGCAUGUGGACCCAGGACCAUUUUUCAAUGACUGUGUGUUUGAUGUGUGUGUGUCGGGAAAUGAGGGCCAAGAUCUUCUGUGCAGGGCCAUUCAGGCAUAUGUCAGUGCCUGUCAGUCUGCUAAUGUUCGAAUCUACCCUUGGAGACAGAACACCACCUGUAGACUGGACUGUCCAGCUAACAGCCAUUAUGAGCUGUGUGGUACUGACUGCGGACACACUUGUGCCAGCAGUACUGAUGCCACCUGCGAGCAGGUUUGCUCUGAGGGAUGUUUCUGUGAUGAGGGCUUUGUCAGAAGUGGGACACGUUGUGUCCCUGUGGAACGUUGUGGCUGCCAAUAUGAUGGCUUCUACUAUGAAGCUGGUGAAUCAUUCUGGACAGAAGGCUGCUCCCAGCGAUGUGAAUGUCAUGCUCCCAAUGACCUGCGCUGUUCUGCUGCAUCUUGCACCCCUGCACAAGAGUGCACCAUCAAAAACGGCCAGCUGGGUUGUUUCGAUGCCAUGUCUACUUGCACUGUGUGGGGUGACCCACACUACAUCACCUUCGAUGGGGCACUAGCUCAUUUCCAGGGCACAUGCUCUUACAUCAUCACUGAGAGUGUGAGCCACAGCACCAAUGAAACAGAGUUUCAGGUAGAAGCCACCAAUAAUCACCGUGGCAACAACCAUGUGUCAUUUGUAUCAGCAGUGAACAUAUUACUCUCAAAUCACCCAGAGAGAGCAUAUGUCAGGAUUGGGCCCAACAAAAGAGUAAAGGUAAAUGACGCUGACGUGUCUCUUCCCACCACUGCAGGGACCUUAGCUCGGGUGCUAAGGCAGGGAAGCUAUGUAGUAGUUGAUGCUGGUGACCUGAUAGUCCAGUUUGACGGCCUGAGUACUUUACUGGUCAGAAUUGGUCAAAAUCGUGAAAAUAGAGUCACCGGGAUGUGUGGCAACUUCAACAGUGAUCCUGCAGAUGACAAAGUCUUGCCUAAUGGUACAUUGGCACAAAAUGACAAUGACUUUGGACACAGCUGGAAGGCAAACACAAGUCAACCAAGUUGUGGAUCCACAGAUGAUCGGAGCAGUGACGGACUGAACAAUUGUCCCUUCAGGGAACAAUACUCUGAACUCUGUAGUGUCAUCACCAACUCUAGUGGUCCGUUCAGUGCAUGUCACCUGCACUCAGACCCCCAGCCAUUUUUCAGCUCCUGUGUCUAUGAUCUCUGCCUCUACACUCCAGCCAAUGGCAUGCUGUGCUCUGCUGUCUCAGCCUAUGAAAGAACCUGUUCUGUCUUGGGUUUGAACAUCCCUGAGUGGCGCUCUGCUUUGCUGUGUGCUGAGUCAGACCCCUGUGAACAUCUGGACUGCACAGAGUAUGAGUGGUGUGGUGAGAAGGAUGGUGUGUACGGCUGCUUCUGUGAUGAGCACCAUCAUCGACCCAACAAUGAGAGCUAUGACUCAUCCAUCGCUUGUAUCAGUAGUUCAGGUACCAUGUCCCUGUCCCGCUGCCAGCUGUUUGAAGCUGGUUUCCACCCCAGUGCCCUACACCUCCGAGAGGACUCCUGCAAUGGGACUGUCCAGGAUGGACGACUGGUGUUCCACUUUAACAAUGAUGACCAGUUGUGUGGGACAGUACUGAGGAGCAACGGAACCCAUUUCAUCUAUGACAACACCAUCCAGGGUGAUGUGGACCCUCAUAAAGGUCUGAUCAGCCGACAGAGGAACAUCCACUUGCGCUUCUGCUGUGUAUACCCUCUGACUGAGACCCUGUCUAUGGCUGUGGGCAUCAACCCUGUGGAGAGCAUUGUGCGGAAGAAGCUUCCAUCUGGCCAUGGACAGUAUCAUAUGAGAAUGAUCCCCUAUCAGGACGCAGGCUUCCGCUUCCCCCUCACCAGUAACCGUAAUAUAGUAGUGGAAGUAGACCAGAGGUUGUACAUCGAGGUGCGUACAGAGGGAGUUGACCAACGGCAGAUCUCCACCAUUUUGGACUCCUGUUGGGCCUCGCCUGUCAACAGCGCUAGCUAUCCUGUCCGAUGGGAUCUCAUCACUGCAGAGUGUCCUAAUCCAGCAGAUGGCACAGUAGAGCUGACUCAGAAUGGCGUGUCCACUGCAGCACGUUUCUCUUUCAGGAUGUUCACCUUCACCAACUUUUCAUCUAUCUACCUGCACUGCCAGGUCCACCUGUGUCUUUUGAGCCACAACAACUGUACAACUCAUUGCUUCCCAGGUUACCACAGGAGAGUUCAGAGGGAUGUAUCCUAUCAUGACACUGCAUCCAUCUCACUGGGACCACUCGACCUGACACCAAAUAGCAGAGACCAAAUGAUGAAAGCAAGUAGUGCCUCAGGCGAGUUAACUUUCCUGGUGACCCUGAUUGUCAGUCUGCUGACUGCCAAAACCCUGAUCUAG